AUGACUAAAGCUGUGUUUGGGAAACAGUUUGAAACACCUAAGAUGGACUACUCACAACAAUACAGUAAGAUCUAUUCGAGCCGUCUUACACUGUUACGCCCACUUCUGGAGGUCUUGAUAGAGAAAAAGUACGAGGGGAUGAGCGUCCAAACGCGUCUGACUAACAUCCCCAGCGGAGAGACCUCCCUCAUCGGUACCAUUUUUAAAAAGUCCAAGAAACUCCCCACCGUCUUGGCACAACACAAGAAAGACCCAAAGCACAUUAAAAUUGACUUCACUCAACCACCUUUCCACGCAGACGACGACUCGGCCUAUCUCGAAGACUUAAUUGGUCACACAGAUUUAGUUAUGAAGCCCGAGGUACUUAAUACAAUUACAAGUGGGACUGUCAUUGCAGUGAUUGGUACGAUCAAUACAGAAGGCUUUUUUAAUGUCACCGAUGUCAUUUUCCCAUAUGAAGAACCUAUUGAAACGACAGUUAUGAAUUGUGACGCAACAAAGAACAUUACUGUGAUAUCAGAUAUUAGGUUUAGUGCGUGCAAAACCGAUUUAAUGUUAUACGAUGUGUUAAAGAACAAAAAGAUAGAGUUGGGGACGGAUGUGUUUGUGAUAGGGAACCAUUACUUGGAGAGUAUGGGAAGUCCACUGGUUGAUGAAUAUGAUGGGUUCUUGUCAGAAGUGUCCAAGGGGAUUCCAGUCACUGUGAUUCCGGAGGGAGACGACCCCACAAAUGCUGUCUUGCCAUUUCAACCAUUCCAUCGUGCGAUGUUUGUGAAGUCGAUGAAGAACAAUACGGAGACUCAAAAGUCCUUUAAUUUGGUUUCUAAUCCAUCGAUUGUAACUCUUGGUGAUAUCACUAUCAUGUUCCUCUCACAAGAAGUCUUUGUGAGGGCAAUGGAUUUGACCAUUUUGAAAACCCCACAAGACGUCUUCUGCUUCUUCUUGAAGGCAGGACAUUUGUGCCCAUUUGCGCCUUCUAUGUUUCCAUGUUACCCAUACGAAAAAGACCCAUUUGUACUCAAUGAACCAUUUCCAGACUUUUUCAUUGUCGGAGGGUUCGAGGAGAUGUGCUACAGUGUCAACUUCAUGGGGAAAACUAUCUGCUUAGUCACAGUACCAAGCUUUUAUAAGGAAAAGAAAUUUGUAGUGCUCAACACAGACAGCCACGAGAAUGUGGUCGUCGACUUGAAUUUUUGA